AUGGCCUCCAGCCACUGGAAUGAAACCACUACCUCCGUUUAUCAGUACCUCGGUUUUCAAGUUCAAAAAAUUUACCCUUUCCAUGAUAACUGGAACACUGCCUGCUUUGUCAUCCUGCUCUUAUUUAUAUUUACAGUGGUGUCCCUAGUGGUGCUGGCUUUCCUGUAUGAAGUGCUUGACUGCUGCUGCUGCGUAAAAAACAAAACCGUGCAAGACUUGAAAAGCGAACCCAACCCUCUUAGAAGCAUGAUGGACAACAUCAGAAAACGUGAAACUGAAGUGGUCUAGCCUUCUACAGAAGAGGAACAAAAUCUUUGAAAGCAGCUUGACCUUGUCUGAGAAAAGAGAAAAUCUGAGACCAGCUCUUAGUACAAAACUGAUUCUGACUAAGAAUGGUUAAAAGAUUUCUAGUAGAAGGGAAAAACAAGUUAAAUAUCCUGUUUGUGUGUGUAUCCCUUUCAUUAAAUAUACAGUAAAACUUCAUAAACAUGAAUUUACCAAUCUAUUUAAUAUGACACAUCAAAAACUGGAGAAAAGAUUCCUAGAAUUCAAUAUUAAGCAGCAAAAGGUAAGCUGGAAAACACAAACAAGGCUAAUGACGCUAAAAUAACUUAUACCUAAACAAUUCAUAUAG